AGCCGAUCUCUUUCCUUCACUUCUCGUCCCCCAUCAUCAAACAAAAAAAAAAAAGAAGGAAAAUGGCACUCUCAACCACCCUCAGCACUGCAAGACCAUCCAUCUCCCCUCUCAAACCCCAAAACUUUACCUCGACAACCAGAAACCCUAACCUCAAACCCAAAACCACUUCUGUUUUUGCCUCCCUGCGCUCAACUCCAACAUCAAAGCCCACAAUCUCUUCCAACUGGGCCUUAGACAGCUGGAAAUCUAAGCCAGCACGCCAGCUUCCUGAUUACCCGGACCCGGUUGAACUGCACUCGGUGCUCCAGACCCUUACCAAUUUCCCGCCAAUUGUGUUCGCGGGCGAGGCUAGGAAGCUUGAGGAGAGAAUUGCGAGUGCUGCUGUGGGAGGUGCCUUUUUAUUGCAAGGUGGAGAUUGUGCUGAGAGUUUUAAAGAGUUCAAUGCCAAUAAUAUUCGAGAUACUUUUCGAGUUUUGCUCCAGAUGGGUGUUGUUCUCACCUUUGGUGCUCAAAUGCCCAUCAUCAAGGUUGGUAGGAUGGCAGGCCAAUUUGCAAAACCUAGAUCUGACCCCUUUGAGGAAAAAGAUGGCGUGAAGCUACCGAGUUAUCGAGGAGAUAAUAUUAACGCCGAUGCUUUUGAUGAGAAAUCUAGGACACCUGAUCCUCAAAGGUUGAUCAGAGCAUACCUCCAAUCUGUUGGCACCUUAAAUCUCCUUAGAGCUUUUGCCACUGGUGGAUAUGCUGCUAUGCAAAGAGUGUCACAAUGGAAUCUUGACUUUGUAGAACAUAGUGAGCAAGGAGACAGAUUCAUGGAACUUGCACGGAGAGUUGAUGAAGCUCUUGGCUUCAUGGCUGCUGCUGGCCUCACUAUAGAUCAUCCUGUAAUGAACACAACAGAGUUUUGGACCUCUCAUGAGUGCCUUCAUUUACCAUAUGAGCAGGCUCUAACCAGGGAGGACUCAACAACUGGCCUCUAUUAUGACUGUUCUGCUCACAUGCUUUGGGUAGGUGAGAGGACCCGGCAGUUGGAUGGAGCACAUGUUGAAUUCCUACGUGGUGUGUCCAAUCCUCUUGGCAUCAAGGUGAGUGAUAAGAUGGAUCCAAAGGAGCUUGUGAAAUUGUGUGAAAUUCUUAACCCGCACAACAGACCUGGAAGACUGACAAUAAUUACCAGAAUGGGAGCGGACAACAUGCGGAUUAAACUCCCCCAUCUGAUAAGAGCUGUGCGCCAGGCUGGGCUUAUAGUCACAUGGGUCAGUGAUCCCAUGCAUGGUAAUACGAUUAAAGCUCCAUGUGGUCUCAAGACAAGGCCAUUUGAUUCAAUCAGGGCUGAGUUGAGGGCAUUCUUUGAUGUCCAUGACCAAGAAGGUAGCUAUCCUGGAGGAGUCCACUUAGAAAUGACUGGGCAGAAUGUAACGGAGUGUGUUGGGGGGUCAAAGACCAUCACUUUUGAUGACCUCAAUUCCCGCUAUCACACACAUUGUGAUCCGAGACUGAAUGCGUCUCAGUCGCUGGAGCUGGCAUUUGCCAUAUCAGAGAGGCUGAGGAAGAAAAGGUUAAGAGCUGGUGAUGGUAUCCUUAGCGGACACAACACUGGUUCUGUAGCGUAAGAAGCCUAGCCCCAUGUUUUGAUUUGGUGCAAUUAUAUUAGCGUGUUAUGUUUUCAGUCUUUCUGCAUCUGUGAACGUAAAGACUUUCUGUGAGACAAAUUUUGCAUUCUCUACGAGGCACUGGACCCUUCCAAGUUGUAAAACUAUACUUGUUUGCUCCUC